ACAAAAAACAUGUACCAUUGUAAAAUAAUCGGUUUACUGGCACUCCAGUUGGCGCUACUCGCUGUCGUCAGCGGUCGGGUCGUAACGAAGGAUGAAAACGAAAUUCUGUACCCACCACAGACGAAUUCACGCAUUGUCGGUGGCGCAGCGGCACCCGAAGGAUUGGCGCCAUAUCAAAUUUCCAUGCAGAAUCUACGCGGUCGUCAUUUCUGUGGCGGUGCCAUCAUCGAUCAGCGUUGGAUCAUCACCGCCUCACAUUGUGUGGCGGGCGCCACAGUUCCUAAAAUACAAAUCCUCACUGGCGCACAAAAUCUGAAAAACAACACUGGCAAAUACUACUAUCCCGACCGCAUUGUGAUGCACACAAACUACAACCAUCCGCCAUAUGCCAACGAUAUUGCGCUCUUGCACUUGAACGAUUCAAUUGUCUAUGAUGAACACACGCAGGCGGUGAAGUAUGCUUACGAGCCGCUGAAGAAGGAUGAUGAAUUGGUGCUCACCGGUUGGGGUUCCAUGGCGCUAGGUGGCUCCACACCGGAUGUCUUGCAAACACUGACGGUACGCGUUGUGCCAUAUGAAGAGUGCCGCGCCGCACACACUGAAAAUUUGUCGAGCUACGUGGAUGUGGGUCACUUGUGCACCUUCAAUGAUAACGGCAAAGGUGCUUGUCACGGUGAUUCAGGUGGUCCGCUGGUGCAUAAUGGCACUCUGGUCGCAUUGGUCAAUUGGGGGAUUUUACUUCAGCCCUGCGCGAAGGGUUAUCCAGAUGUGCAUGCGAGUGUGGCUUACUAUCACGACUUCAUACGCACUCAAUUGACCGCAACCACUGAGGAAGAGGCUUUGAAGAAUUGAGCAAUAAAGGAGAAGAAUAAUAAGGAAGCAUAGUUAAAAUAAAAAAUUCAGAAAAAAAUAAAUACAUAAAUAGAAAUACAAUUUUCAUCUACGAAACAAAUUGAUAGUAUGGCGUAAUUUGGAAAAAUUCUUUCGAAGCCAUUAAAGCCUAAUUAAAAGAAAUAAUUGAGCUAUAUAUAGCACAUACUAAUCCAUGCUUUCUGAAAGAUACGGUUCACAAUUGCACUAUAUUAAGAAAAAUUUAGCCCCAAAAAGUAUGCAAAAUAAAUUUGCCUAAAGAUGGCUUUCAACAAAUACCCUGCAGGAAUUUC